AUGAUCCCCAAGGAGCAGAAGAAGCCAGUGAUGGCUGCCAUGGGGGACCAAGCUGGACCAGUCCCUUUGCUGGACCUGGGCAAGAAGCUGAGCGUGCCCCAGGACUUAAUGAUGGAGGAGCUAUCGCUACGCAACAACCGAGGAUCCCUCCUCUUCCAGAAGAGACAGCGCCGUGUGCAGAAAUUCACCUUUGAGCUUGCUGCCAGCCAGCGGGAGGUAAGACGGCAUUCACCUAGGGGACAGUGACUUGGAACAGCGAAACCAGGGACAGUGUGCGUUGCCAUCAGCCCGGAGUCGCAGAACUGCCGCUCAGAGCUCCACAUCUUCCCAGGCGGGGACCCUGAGGAUGCCCAGCCUGAAGCUUCCCGGGUGGAGCGCGCCCCUAGCCCCAGCGCCCUGGCACCAGGCUAUGCUGAGCCACUCAAGAGCAUCCCGCCAGAGAAGUUCAAUCUCACGGUCAUCCCCAAGGGCUACCACUGCCCAUGGCAGGAGUUUGUCAGCUACCGGGACUACCAGAGCGAUGGCCGAAGUCACACUCCCAGCCCUGCGCAGUAUCGAAAUUUCAACAAGACACCCGUGCCCUUUGGAGGACCCCUGAUGGGGGAGACCACGUCCAGGGCAAGCACCCCCUUCCUCCCAGAGCUCACCAGUGGCUUGGAACUCCUCCGCCUCAGACCCAACUUCAACAGAGUGGCCCAGGGCUGGGUCCGCAACCUCCCAGAGUCUGAGGACCUGUAA